UCAAAAAAGAUUAGCAACUUCCGCGUUCUUUGCAUAGCAACAGGCGAAGAUGGCGGAUUGUACGGACCCCGUUAAAUAACGUGUGGGAAGUUGAAACUGAAAGAAGCCAGAAGUUGGGGUUUUUAAACUCUAAAACGGAGUGACAGAGUCCUCCAAGGACUUACAUCGUAAGCCAUGGCAUCAGCUAAUGUCCGGAUCGGCCAACAAGCCUUGACCGUGCUGGAUGUGGCACUUCGCGUCCCUUGCAUCUUUAUUAUCGACGCCAUUUUUAACUCUUACUAUGAUCCUGGGUCAGGAUGGGCCGGGACAGCGGGGAAGAUUUUAAUCCGAGUCAUGGGUAUCACGGUCUCCAGUGUGGUCCUGGUGUUAUCACAGAAGGCCCUAUUCAAGGUCUACACACUAUUCUUCGCUGUGCUCCUGGGAGUGGCGGCCGUUCUUAUCAACUACUACGCCACAUCUCACAUAGACUUCUACAGCGCCUACUACAAAGCAGCGCUGGGCUUCAGACUCCUCCCACGAAAUGGGCCCACCCUAUGGCUGGGCAUGGCUGUGGUGCAACUCCUUUUUGGCAUGGGCUAUGUGGUGCUGCUAAACCUUCAGUCUGUGUUUGCUGCUCUUAUGGUCCUGGAUAUCAUGAUUCCGCUGUUGGGACUCAUAAUCGAGCUUCCCGUGGAUGUACGGCAACUGGUAGCGGUGGCCUCUGGCCUGGCACUGGCUCUGAACACAGCUGUGUGCCUGGCCCUUAAGCUCAAGUGGUUCUAUUACUCCUGCCGCUAUGUCUACCUGCUGGUGCGUCACAUGUACCGCAUCUACGGGCUGCAGCUUCUGGUGGAGGACACCUGGAAGAGGAUCCGCUUCCCGGAUGUGCUGCGUGUCUUCUGGCUCACACGCAUGACAGUGCAGGCCAUCAUCCUAGUCUACGUGGUCAAGGUGGUGCGGCACGAGAGUGGCGACCACAGCUACCUGACGUGGGACGUUUUCUGGGACCUGUUCAGCAACCUCAUCAUCAGCGGCUGUGACUCUAUGCUGACUGUGUUGGGCAUGAGCGCCGUCAUCUCCUCCAUCGCGCACUACCUGGGGCUUAGCAUCCUAGCAUUCAUCGGCUCCACCGAGGAGGAGGACAAGCGGCUGGGCUUCGUGGCACCCGUUCUCUUCUUCAUCCUGGCCCUGCAAACGGGCCUGAGUGGUCUGGACCCUGAGGAACGGCUGGUACGGCUCAGCCGCAACAUGUGCCUUCUGCUGACUGCCAUCCUGCACUUCAUCCAUGGCAUGACGGACCCCGUGCUCAUGUCGCUGAGUGCCUCGCACGUCUCCUCCUUCCGCCGCCACUUUCCGGUUCUGCUGGUGUCGCUCUGUCUCUUUGUGCUGCCUGUUGUGCUCAGCUACGCCCUGUGGCACCACUAUGCCCUCAACACCUGGCUGUUCGCCGUCACUGCCUUCUGCGUGGAGCUCUGCCUCAAGGUGGUGGUGUCGCUGACGGUCUACGGCCUCUUUAUGGUGGAUGGCUACUACAACGUGUUGUGGGAGAAGCUGGACGACUACGUCUACUACGUGCGCUCCAUGGGCAGCGUCAUCGAGUUUGUCUUUGGCGUCAUCAUGUUUGGCAACGGCGCCUACACCAUGAUGUUUGAGGCGGGCAGCAAGAUCCGCGCCUGCAUGAUGUGCCUCCACGCCUACUUCAACAUCUACCUGCAGGCUAAGAACGGCUGGAAGACCUUCAUCAACCGGCGUACGGCCGUCAAGAAGAUAAACUCCCUGCCGGAGGUGAAGGGCGACCAGCUGCGCGACAUUGAGGACGUCUGCGCUAUAUGCUACCAGGAGUUUGCCACGUCUGCGCGCAUCACCCCAUGCCAACACUACUUCCACGCACUCUGCCUCCGUAAGUGGCUCUACAUCCAGGACACAUGUCCCAUGUGCCAUCAGAAGGUGUAUAUUGAGGAGGAGGUCCGGGACAAGGCACCCUUCUCCAACAACAACGGCUACGUGGCGCCAGGCGGGGAUGUAGGCCAGUUUGCAGCGCCCGGCGGGGCAGAGGACGAAGCAGCCGCAGGUGGGGCUGAGCCUGAGAAUGAACUACUGGAGGAUAAUGACAGUAUUGAGUAUGACGAGGAUGAGUGGGGGACACAGAACAGGGAAACGCCUAUAGAGGAAGACUAUAUUAAUGAUGACACAGACUCUAAUGGGGACUGAUCAGAAUAUAGAGAGAAAUAUAUUAUAUAUAUAUUUAAGUUAAAAACAAUUUUCUCAAUAUCAGGGAUGUCAUUUAUUUUCUCUUUUUAGAUUUGUUUCCUUUCUUGUUUGUCUUUGGGCUAGCUGCAGAGGUGUAAUUGCUAUGACUGAGUGUGCCUAGGUGGUUGGGUGUCCCAAGAGGUGCAGUUCAGUGUGAGACCCACAUUCCUCGUGUUUUGUAGGGAUGCCGUUGGUCAUGUGUUUGCUGUUUUGCUGAAAGAAGGUAAGCUGGGAGCCGAGAGGGGUUCCGCAACGCCGCGCUAAGAAGAGGUUUAAUUAAAACGUGACGUGCUACUGUAAUCACUGAUAUACCUCUUAUCAUUACUACUGGUCUCUUGUGUGACCUUGGUUAAAUUGUGUACGUUAUUGUACAUGUAAUAAAAACACGUUCCCUUAGAAAAGA